ACCUCCAUGCUCUGCUGUGGGGUAACUUCUGCUCAGACUGCUAAGCGUUUCCUGGAGGAGCAGAGCACUGCCCGGCCUCCCGUGGGUCUUGUCCCAGCGAGCCGUCCCCUGUCCACACGCGCAGGCUCUGGGAGGUGUGGUGAGUGGGCUUCUAACCGGCCCCCUUCCCAGCAUCCCCUCACCUGCCCAGCGUGUUGCAGAAGCCGUGUCCCCUGAGCCCUUUCCCCUUGGUGGAGCAGUGGUGGUUGGGGGCAGCCAACCAAACCAGACAGGCGGGCGCCUAGCGGGUCCGUGUCUUCCAACGGAAAGGUAAAGAACAUACCAGGUGCGCUGGCGGACACGUGCGGGACGCCUUCCCUGGAGCUGAGGGCUCGCACGGCCUCCUGGCUCGGCUCCUUCCUGUUGGUUCAGCAGGCGUUUGUGGUGGGGACUCCUGAGGGAGGGCCAGGGCCGAGGCCGGCGGGGAGGAGGGAGUCUCCCGCCCUUCCCUGGGCUCUGGCCCCUGCCCUGCUCCCCGGCUCAUGGAGGGGAGGGCCCUGAAAUUCUGCCCCCGUGCCCUUCUGACCUGCCAGGCACAGCACAAUGGGAGGGGCAUUGGCAGCCACGGCGCCCUAGGCGGGAGAGGAAGCCAGGGGCAGGGGGCUGUGGAGGAGGAGAGACUCCUGGGUCCCAGUGGGCACCUUAUCAGCGGGUGCCAGGCAGGGCCAUCCCCAGGGUGGGGGCAGCAUCUCCCUGGGCCCUGUUAUCAGUCCCAGAGUCCACAGGACACUCCUCGGGUUAACGUGUAACCACACGCCAUCCCCUCCACCCCAAAGCCACCGGUGCCCACAUGCAGGCCACUUUGGGUGGGUCACACGUUGACAUGGACACCCGGGAAGAGGGGCUGCCUGGAAAACCUCGCUUUUCAGCUGAAGUGAGAGCCACGGAGUGUGGGGUGGGAGCUGGGCCUGGGCUCCUGGGAACCCAUGUGACCUGGAAGAAUUGGGGGGCUGGGUUCUGGGGUUGGACAUCCUAGUCCCUGUGCAGCUGCCCCCCUACCCUGGACAGCAUGGCUGGCGUCCCUGGGUGGGGGUGGGAUGGAAGCCCUGACUCCCAGCUCCUGGUCGGGUGGGGCCUGAACCCCAAGGGCUGGGAACUGGCUGAGACCAAGGCCAGGAGGGUUCUGGGGGCUGGGCUGAGUUCAGUGGCUCAGCGGCUCCUUUGUCCCCCGAAGCAGCCGCAUGUGGGCAGGUGGCUGAGCCCGUUCUUCCUCACCUGUGCCGUCUACUUUCUCCUCUGGAGCCCUGAGAACCAGCCGUCCUGGGUCGGUGCCCUGAUCAAGUGCCUGCCCAUCCUCUACCUGGUGGUGUUCCUGUGGACCGUGUGCCCAGGCAGGGGCUACAGCUUACUCCUGCAGGGGGCCCUUCUGUGCUCAGCUGUGGGGGACUCCUGCCUCGUGUGGCCUGAGGCCUUCCUCCAUGGCAUGGCUGCCUUCGCUGUGGCCCACCUGCUCUACCUCUGGGCCUUCGGCCUCACUCCCCUGAAGCCUAGCCUCCUGCUGCCUGUUCUCCUGGCUUUCAUCCCAUAUUAUGGCCUCCUGCUUUGGCACCUCCCGCCUGACAUGGUCCUGCCCCUGACAGCUUACUCCCUGGUCCUGGCCGUUAUGCUGUGGCGUGGCUUGGCCAGGGGCGGGAGUACCAGCUGGGGCGCCCUGCUCUUCACGCUUUCAGAUGCCGUGCUGGCCUGGAACAUCUUCGUCCAUCCCCUGCCCCAUGCCCACCUGGUGGUCAUGACCACCUAUUAUGCUGCCCAGAUCCUCAUCGCCCUGUCGGCCUUCCAGAGCCCCAGGCUCAAGUCCAACUGACUAGGGGCUGAGGCAGGCAGAUGUCCACCCCCCUCCUCCAUCAAGGACCUGGGCCCCCAAGACCAGUGAGGCCAGAGAGACACCCUUGGGGGUGAGAGCCAGUCCCCCAGACUCCCAUCUGCCAGUGCCAGUCUAUCUGGAGACACAGAAGUGUUUCUGGAAUUCCAAAUCCACCGCCAAGUUCCCACUGCCUUCCCUGGGUUCUGAUUCCAAAUUCCAGGCCCCUCAACCAGACCCACAAUGGUCCCUCCCCGGACCCCUGCCUGCUUCUGUAAUCCCACAUGGUCUCCACGUGUGCCUGCCCCUUCCCUCUGGCCCUGAUCUAUUUCUCUGUUGCCUAAGUAA